AUGAUUACUUCACUAAUAUCGAUAAUUUUUUCCAGUUUAAAUUUAUAUUUCCCAUUAUUACUAACGGUAAAACUGAUAUCAUUGAAUAAUUCUAGUAUAACAAGUGAGAAUUGUAUAUUUUUAUUAAAUUAUUGGAUUUGUUUUAUAUUAGUGAAUUAUAUAACAAGUUACCUUGGAUAUCAAAUAAUUUUUGAAGCGUUUAAAGUUUGGUUAUUUUAUUAUCACGGAUGCUUGAUUAUCAAUUACUAUUACUUUAAGAAUUGCCUUCAAGUGAUAACAAACGAUUCAUUAUCAUCAUUUAGGUUAUUUGAAACGAAAUACUUAAAUCCAUUGAUAAAUCAGUUUUUCAUCAAUAAUAUUUUAUUACAAAAUUUUUUAAAAAUUUUUAACUAUAUACCAGUUUUACAAUCAGUCAGUGAUUUUAAUAGAGAAUUGAAAUUGAAACAAAAUAAAGACUCUUUUUUACAAGUAUCGAUUAAUUAUUUAUGUUAUAUUGACAAUAUGAAGGUAUUAAAUUCAAAUUUUGAAAAAAAAAUGAAUGGGUUUUUAAAAUAUUUCAUCUUACCUCCCAAAGAAGUAAAAGAAGAAGAAGAUCCAAUAGUAAUUGAUGAAAAUAUUCAAAAUAAUUUACGUAAAAUAGCUAAACUGGAAAAUAAAAGGGAUGGUUUUAGUUCAAAGGAAAGAUAUAUAUCCCAAACUUAUAAUCUUGAUACCAAUAAAAUGAUUAAACCAACCAAAAUGGUUUCUCAAGAUGAUUAUAACCAAUUAUUGAAAGAUCAAGAAGAAAGGAUAAGAAAAUAUGAAUAUACCAUAUAUCAAUUGAAAAAACAACAAUUCUAUGGCUCCAACAGAUCAUUGAGUCCCUCAUUAAAAUCGGUUUCUUCAAGACCAAGAUCACCAAGUCCUUCUACAAGUCUUCAAUUGCCCAAACAAAGAUCACCAAGUCCAUCACCAAGUAGCCAUUUCCCCAGACAAAGAUCUGUUAGUCCAAAUAUGAAUCUACCAAGAUCAGUGAGUCCUUCAAAUAUGAGGUCCCGUAGAUCGGCAAGCAUGUCUCUCUCAAAUAAAUCUUCAAUGAAUUCAAUCGAUGAAAAUUUGCCAAUUUUAUAUAAAACAAAAGAAUUACCACCAAUGCCCGAUUUAAUUAAUAUGGAAAAUGAUCAAUUACCUGGACCUUCAAUUGAGUAUCAUGUGGUGAGUUCAUCACCUUCUAGAACAAGUAGCAUUAAAACUAGAUCUAGGUCUAGAGCAUUUAGUACUUAA